AUGGAGAGAAGAGUGGGGAUUAUUGGAGCAGGAACCAGUGGUCUUCUUGCCUGCAAAUACUUAGUAGAGAAGGGAUUUCAUCCAGUCGUCUUUGAGGCUGAAGAUGGCAUAGGAGGACUCUGGAGGCACACAAUUGAGUCUACCAAACUUCAGAACAGCAGGGAAUCUUACAGGUUUUCUGAUUUUCCAUGGGAUUCUUCUGUCAAAGAAGAGAAUCCAAGUAGCCUCCAGGUUUUGCAGUAUUUGGAUUCCUAUGCUCAAAAGUUUGGGAUCUUAUCUCACAUCAGAUUCAACUCUAAAGUCAUCGAUAUUGACUAUGUUGGCGAGGUUACUGAAGAAAUUACCGAGUCUUGGGAUUUGUGGGGUGGAACUGGCAAGCCCUUUGGCUCUAAGGGAAAAUGGCACCUUCAAGUGCAAGAUACAGAGAGUCUUUCCACCGAGGUGUAUGAGGUUGAAUUUGUGGUUCUGUGCAUUGGAAAAUAUAGUGGUGUGCCAAACAUACCUAAAUUCCCUGCAGGACAAGGCCCGGAAGUGUUCAAAGGUCAGGUCAUACACUCAAUGGACUUCUCUUCAAUGGCAAAUGAGGAUGCUGCUAAAUUGAUCAAAUCAAAGAGAGUUACAGUAAUAGGCUCCCAGAAAUCUGCCUAUGAUGUAGUAGCUGAGUGUGCAUCUGCAAAUGGAAUCAAGCAGCCCUGCACCAUGGUUCAAAGGACAGUACACUGGUUUCUCCCAGAUUUUAAUAUUUGGGGAAUUAAUCUUGCAUUCUUGUACUUCAAUCGCUUUUCUGAGUUUUUGUUUCACAAACCUGGUGAAUCCUUCUUCCUAAGCCUUGUGGCUACUCUCUUCGCCCCAUUGAGAUGGGCAAUCUCAAAGUUUGUCGAGUCAAACCUCAGAUGGAGGCUGCCACUAGACAAAUUUGGAUUGGUACCCAAUGACAGCUUUCUUCAAGGACUCUCUUCAUGUCAGAUUGGAAUUCUUCCUCAAAAUUUUUAUGAUAGAGUAAAAGAAGGAAGCAUCAUUAUAAAGAGAUCAGAGGGCUUUAAGUUCUGCAAAGAAGGUUUAAUCAUUGAUGGAGAUUCAAAACCCAUAGAGACAGAUCUGGUGAUUCUUGCUACAGGGUUCAGAGGUGACCAAAAGCUCAGAAACAUCUUCAAGUCUCCAUUAUUCCAAAAUCACAUAGCCCCGUCAGCUAAGUCCUCAGUUCCAUUAUACAGACAAAUACUUCAUGCCAGAAUCCCACAAGUAGCAAUAAUAGGAUUUGCAGAGGGACUCUCAAAUCUCUUUGCUUUUGAAAUGAGGUGCAAGUGGCUAGCAAGCUUUCUGGAUGGAAGCAUUGAACUGCCCAGUGUGAGAGAAAUGGAAAAGGAAGUUAAGAUUUGGGAAGAUAGUAUGAAACUGUAUGGUGGGAAGUAUUAUUGGAAGUCAUGUAUCACCAAUUGCCAUAUUUGGUACAAUGACCAACUCUGCAAGGAUAUGGGAUGUAACCCCAGAAGAAAGAAAGGAUUUUUCGCAGAACUUUUCCUACCUUAUGGACCCACUGAUUAUAUGGGCCUUUCCACUAAAUGAUCAAUUUGUGUAUCUUGUUUCCCUGAUGAACAAUAAAGCUUUCUGCGUGUUAUUUUUACACAAUAAAAUUUCUUCAUCUUAGUUUAGAUUUGCAUGAUCUCAGUUUCAGUCAAUCUCAUCGCAAAUCAUGUAUUCUAA